UCAAAACAGUGGUUCGAACAUCAGAGGCAUUUUCUGGGUGAUGAUUCUCUCUAAAAGGCUCAUAACUAUCACAACCGUUAAACAUUUCGGUGCUGGACUAUAUAAGGAAUUAUCGGACUCGUGUUCUGUUCGCAAAUGUUUUUCUUGUGUUGCAAAUCAACUGUUUGAUGAAAUUCCUGAGUACAGAUAUGCUACGGAACUAGCCAAGCAUAGCAAUGCUAGUGAAGCAUUGGAGUCUCUUGGCCAGAUGGAUGGGUUUGGAAAGAAACCCACAAAGUUUAUUCUUUGUAGCACUCUUAAUUCUUGUGCGAAAACGCUGAAUUUGCACUUGGGUUUGCAAAUUCAUGCUCGGUUAGUUCAGACCGGUUAUGAGGAGAAUUUGUUCAUAAGCAGUGCGCUUGUUGAUGUUUACGCAAAGUGUGGUGCUUUGGCUGAUGCAAGGAGUCUGUUUGACAGCAUGAAAAUCCACGAUCAAGUAUCCUGGACCUCGAUUAUAUCUGGUUUUUCGCAAAAUGGGCAAGGAAGAGAAGCCAUUUUGUUGUUUAAACGAAUGUUGGAUACCGAAAUCAAACCUAAUUUCUUUACCUAUGUUAGUGUUAUUAGUGUGUGUACGCAGCUGGAAGGAGCAUUUGUAUUUGGUGCAUUGUUUCAUGCUCAUGUAAUUAAACUUGGGUGUGAGACUAACAGUUUUGUGGUCAGCUCUCUAAUUGAUUGUUAUUCAAAAUGUGGGCGAAUCAAUCAAGCUAUGUUGCUAUUUGAUGCCACCACCACAAGGGAUAACAUCCUACUCAAUUCUAUGAUCUCAGGGUAUUCUCAGAACCUAUGCGGCCAAGAGGCAUUGACCCUGUUCAUGGAAAUGCGGAAUGACAAUUUGAGUCCUACUGACCAUACUUUGACCAGCAUUUUGAAUGCUUGUGGGAGCUUAACAGUCCUCCAGCAAGGAAGACAGGUGCAUGCUCUGGUUGUUAAAAUGGGGUCAAUUACCAAUGUGUUUGUGGUUAGUGCUUUGAUAGAUAUGUAUUCGAAAUGCGGCAGCAUUGUGGAUGCUCGUCGUGUUUUUGAUGAAACAAUCAACAAGAACAGCGUCUUGUGGACUUCAAUGAUCACUGGAUAUGCUCAGAGUGGAAAAGGGUUAGAUGGUUUGGAACUUUUUGAUUAUUUGGUGAAUGAAGAAGGGGUUGCGCCUGACCAUAUAUGUUUUAUGGCAGUCCUGACUGCCUGCAACCAUGCUGGAUUUCUCGACAGAGGGAUUGAAUAUUUUAAUAAAAUGAGGGAUUAUGGUCUGGUUCCCGAGUUAGAUCAUUAUGCUUGCUUGGUUGACCUCUAUGCAAGAAAUGGACAUCUAAGAAGAGCGAAGGAGUUAAUGGAGGAAAUGCCAUUUGAUCCGAACACUGUAAUGUGGAGUUCCUUUUUGAGUUCUUGUAAAGUGUACAGUGAAGUAGAACUUGGGAGGGAGGCAGCAUAUAAGCUCUUUAAGAUGGAACCAGGUAGUGCUGUCCCAUACAUAAUGCUGGCAAAUAUUUAUGCCGGAGCUGGUUUAUGGAGUGAAGUGGCUGAGAUUAGGAAUUUGAUGAAACAGAAGGGAAUAAGAAAAAAUGUAGGAUGGAGUUGGAUUGAGGUAGAUAAGAAGGUUCAUGUUUUCUCAGUGGGUGAUUUUUCUCACCCUCAAUCACAAUACAUCAAUGCAGAGUUGGAUAAGCUGAAUCUGGAAAUGAAAGAGGCUGGGUGUAUGCCCAAACUGAUACGAGAUUUAGAGGAUUUUGAUGAUGAACAACUAUAAUGAUGUACAGGUUAAAAUCAGCAGCAUU